AUGCCUUUCUGGAUCGGUGCGCCGGAGCAUAUAACCGCGGUGCAGCUACGAACGCGACACAAUCGCACGCUGGCCGUCGCAGCCACACCGCAACUGUUCAAAAUGCGAGCCUUACUAGCGACGUUGGUCGUCCUAGCGGUCUUCACGACUGCAACAGAAGCGGACAGCAAAGCGCGCAUAGUAUGCUACUUCAGUAACUGGGCGGUGUAUAGGCCAGGUGUAGGACGUUAUGGUAUAGAAGACGUUCCCGUCGAUCUUUGCACACAUCUCAUCUACUCUUUCAUUGGAGUCACGGAGAAGAGCAAUGAAGUCCUCAUUAUUGAUCCGGAGUUGGACGUUGAGAAGAAUGGAUUCAGCAACUUUACAUCUCUCCGCAAGUCUCACCCUGAUGUCAAGUUCAUGGUAGCAGUAGGAGGCUGGGCAGAAGGUGGCUCAAAGUACUCUCAUAUGGUUGCUCAGAAACAGUCGCGGUUGACUUUCGUCAGGAGUAUUGUUGACUUCAUGAAGAAAUAUGACUUCGAUGGUUUGGACCUUGACUGGGAGUACCCUGGAGCUGCUGACCGUGGUGGGUCCUUCUCCGACAAGGAUAGGUUCCUCUUCCUUGUGCAAGAACUCAAGAGGGCCUUCAUCAGGGUCGGUAAAGGCUGGGAACUGACUGCUGCUGUUCCUCUCGCUAACUUUAGAUUGAUGGAGGGAUACCAUGUACCUGAUCUUUGCCAGGAACUUGAUGCAAUUCAUGUGAUGUCUUAUGAUUUGCGUGGCAAUUGGGCUGGUUUUGCCGAUGUGCACUCACCGCUAUAUAAGCGUCCCCAUGACCAGUGGGCCUAUGAAAAACUUAAUGUGAAUGAUGGUCUUGCUCUUUGGGAAGAAAAGGGAUGUCCUUCGAACAAGCUGGUUGUCGGUAUUCCCUUCUACGGUCGUUCGUUCACUUUAUCAGCUGGCAAUAAUAACUAUGGACUUGGAACUUUCAUUAAUAAGGAGGCUGGCGGUGGCGAUCCCGCACCUUACACAAAUGCCACCGGAUUUUGGGCUUACUAUGAGAUCUGUACUGAGGUAGAUAAAAAGGAUUCUAAUUGGACCAAGAAGUGGGAUGAACACGGUAAAUGCCCCUAUGCUUAUAAGGGUACCCAAUGGGUUGGUUACGAAGAUCCCCAAAGCGUGGAAAUUAAGAUGAAUUGGAUCAAAGAGAAAGGCUACCUCGGCGCUAUGACUUGGGCUAUCGACAUGGAUGAUUUUAGAGGUCUAUGUGGCGAGGAAAAUCCAUUAAUCAAGUUGUUGCAUAAGCAUAUGAGCACGUAUGAUGUUCCUCCUCCAAGAUCUGGAAUUAGUACUCCUACGCCUGAAUGGGCGCGCCCGCCGUCGACGCCAUCUGACCCGGCCGAGGGUGACCCGAUCCCGACAACUACUACCAUGAAACCGCCCACUACUGUGAAGACUACCACGACGAGUAAAGCUCCGCAAGUUCAUCCUGUGGAUGAUAACGAGAAUGAUAUUGAUACUAGACCUCAACCUCCCAAGGAACCCGAACCCGUUGAGGUUCCAGCCGAAGUUCCUGAACAUCCAAUUGACAACGAAAUCGAUAAUCCUGACAUUUGCAACUCCGAGGAGGACUAUGUGCCUGACAGGAAAAACUGCGAUAAGUAUUGGAGAUGUGUCAACGGAGAAGGCGUACAAUUUUCCUGUCAACCAGGCACGGUUUUCAACACUAAGUUAAAUGUUUGCGAUUGGCCCGGUAACGCUGAUCGCAAUGACUGCAAGAAAUAG